ACCUUCUUUAGAGAUUUAUACAGAGAAAGUGAGAGAGAGAGAGAGAAGCGGCGACAAAAAUGGUGGAAAAGGGAAGCAAAGGAAGGAAGGAAGAGGUAGUAACAAGGGAGUACACCAUCAACCUCCACAAACGCCUCCAUGGAUGCACUUUCAAGAAGAAGGCUCCUACAGCAAUAAAGGAGAUCAGGAAGUUUGCUCAGAAGGCCAUGGGUACCACUGAUGUAAGAGUGGAUGUUAAGCUUAACAAGGUUAUUUGGAGCCGUGGUAUUCGAAGUGUUCCAAGGAGAAUUAGGGUUAGGGUUGCCCGCAAGAGGAACGAUGAGGAAGAUGCUAAGGAAGAGCUUUAUUCGCUUGUUACCGUUGCUGAGCUACCAGCUGAGGGAAUCAAGGGAUUGGGAACUAAGAUCAUUGAAGAUGAUGAUGAAUGAAUGAUUUUUGUUUAGCUCAAUUAAUUUAUGUUUUAUGAGUGAGUAAUAUUGGCACUGACCAUCAUUUUAGAUUUUGUUUUUGGUUCUUAAUAUUAUUGAUUUGCACUUCAUAACA